AUGCAAGUUAGUUUUACGGAACCAAGUGUGAAUUUAAAUGGCAGUACAGGAAGACUGGAUUUAAUUACUGCAAGUUGCUCAUCAACAAUCUCUUCUACAGAUGCGUGGGAAGAUGACUGGCAAUCUUUCUACACAUCUUUUAAGACAGAACAGCUGAUUACACUUUGGAUUUUGUUUAUCGUCAUCAUGGUUGGAAAUUCAAUAGUCUUGUACCUAACAUGGAAAGAGAGGGUACGAAAGAGAAAGUCUCGCAUGACAUUUUUUGUUACACAACUUGCAAUUACAGAUGGUCUAACUGGUGUAAUAAGCAUCUUGACUGACAUUAUUUGGAGGUUUACUGGCAAUUUUUUGGCACCAGAUAUUGUUUGCAGAGUGAUCCGAUACCUGCAGGUCGUACUUCUGUAUGCAUCUACCUAUGUGCUGGUAUCACUCAGUAUAGACAGAUAUCAUGCUAUAGUUCAUCCAAUGAAAUUUCUUCAAGGAGAGAGACAAGCAAAAAUUCUAAUAGUAGUCGCAUGGACUCUUGCCUUCCUAUUUUCAAUUCCAACCUUGAUUAUUUUUGGAAAAUAUAAACUUGCCAAUGGAGAAAUUCAGUGUUGGGCUCUUUGGCCAGAUGAGUCUUAUUGGAAACCAUACAUGACAAUUGUGUCCUUCUUGGUGUAUUUCAUUCCCCUGAUCAUUAUAAGUGUAAUUUAUUUCAUUGUGAUAAGAACAAUAUGGGCAAAGAGCAAGGCGCAUACAGUAAUUGUUUCCAACUGUACCGAUGGAAAUUUCAGUGCUCGAUACAGUCAUCGAGGACUCAUAUCAAAAGCCAAAAUUAAAGCUAUUAAAUAUAGCCUUGUAGUCAUUCUUGCAUUCAUAUUAUGUUGGAGUCCAUACUUUCUUUUUGACAUUUUGGACAAUUAUGAACUCUUGCCAUUGACCAAAGAGCGCAUCUACGCAUCAGUGAUCAUUCAGAAUUUGCCAGUUUUAAACAGUGCUGUCAACCCAAUCAUUUACUGCAUGUUCAGCAACAGACAUUGCCGAUUAUCCAGGGACCGAAGUUCAGGAAAUCUUGCUGGCACCCUCAAAGAUAAAACUGAAGGAGUAGAAAUGCAGGUGUUGUCCAGACCAGAAUACAUCUGA